ACCAUUCAGUCUUUGAUCGUUUAACUAUUCACUUCAAAUAUUAAUAACUGCUCGAAAUGGCAUUCAAAUUCGCCGCUUUCUUUGCUCUCGUUGCUGUUGCUGCUGCUGCACCACAACAUUACGAUCAUUACUCACAUCAACCCGCUUACAUUAAAUCUUAUCAGCCAGUUGUGAAACAAAUUGUGCAACCAGUGCUUAAGAAGAUUGUUGAACACGAAGAACCAGCAAACUACGACUUCGAAUAUGCAGUUCAUGAUGGUCACACCGGUGAUGUUAAGGAACAACACGAAUCAGCCAAGGACGGAGUUGUCUCAGGAUACUACUCAUUAGUUGAUGCUGAUGGUCACAAGAGAAUCGUUCACUACACAGCUGAUCCCGUCCACGGAUUCAACGCUGAAGUUCGUCGUGAACCACUUGGACAUCAAGUCGUUAAGAACGUUCAACCAGUCGUUGUUAAGAAAGUCAUCGCUCAACCAGCCAUCGCUGUGCUCCAAUUUAAUCCGCAGAGUGUCGAGUCACUUGCUGUUGCUGCUUCAGCUGCUCCACAACACUACGACAAUCAACAUUACGAACAACCCGAUUACGUUAAAUCUUAUCAGCCAGUUGUGAAACAUAUUGUGCAACCAGUGCUUAAGAAAGUUGUAGAACAUGAAGAACCAGCCAAUUACGACUUCGAAUAUGCAGUUCAUGAUGAUCACACAGGUGACAUCAAAGAACAUCACGAAUCAGCCAAAAAUGGAGCUGUUGAAGGAUACUACACUUUGAUCGAUGCUGACGGUUACCGAAGAAUUGUUCACUACACAGCUGAUGACGCUCAUGGCUUCGUCGCCGAAGUUCGUCGUGAAAAAAUCGAGGGACAUCAAGUCGUUAAGAACGUUCAACCAGUCGUUGUUAAGAAAGUCAUCGCCCAACCAGCUAUUGCUGUUCAGAAAUAUGUCGCACCAGCUCCAGUUCAUCAAUAUUACUCAGCUCCUGAAACACAAUACUACAAGACAGAAGUUCAACAACCACAACAAUACUACAAAGUAGCAGCUCCAGUAAAAGUUUCAGCACCAAAGUCUGUUGUUGCAGAUGGCCUUUACACCCACGUCUCAUUCAAGGGACCAUCAUCGCAAUAUCAAUACUAA